AUGACGACACUGACGUCAGCGCAACAAGCAUACUAUGCACAAUACUACGCGUCACUCGGUGCACUUCAUAUGCAAGUACCCGACAACACUGAGACAUGGUACAUGGAAUCAACACCGAAUAACCGGAUGGUCCUCUCUCUUCGUUCUGGUGUACAGAGGGAUACACAGUGGGCACUUGAGAGGCUGUUGAGGUUGAGCAAGGAUUGGCCAGAUAGGUUCUAUAUGAAGGUACUCCCUGGUGUGGGGGAGGCGUUGUUCGACUUGGCAGAGUAUGCCUUGCUAUGUCCAGGUGAUGGAUGGGAAGGAGAGGAUGGGGAGAGGACAUGGAAGAGACAGAGCGCGACUGAAGCUAUGUUGGUCAUGAGGAACGCCUCUCUUACUGAUCACAAUAUGCACUAUUUGGAGAAGGCGACGAGGACAUUCCCACUCAUACUUCACACGCUGCAGUCAUUCGGUCCAAGGGGAGCAAGAGCAGGAGAAGAACAAGAGUUUCUGAUCUACACCGUCGAGCUAUUUCACUCUCUCGCACCGCGUUACCAUCUCAAAUCAGGAUCGCCUCUCCUUCGUGCACUCGUCAACCUCACCUCAACAAUGGAUAGAGCACUCCUACGCGCAUCACUAGGCGCACUCACAGCACUCUUCAGCAGCAACUACAACGCUCAUCUCAUCACACUCGAUUCAUCUGCUUUCACAGCCGCUCUCCGCGCUCUGCCGGUACAAGACGACCCUACCGUCCCUGUGACUGAAACGCUACAACACGCUGCGAUAGACUUUGUGCAUACCCACCUCAGUCACCCACCUGUCGCACAUGCGUUCUUCCACCACCCGCUCUUCCCAGGCACACUCCGUCUUCUCCUAGCUCUUGUUCUCUCCUCCCAACCCCCGCCUCAACCUAGCAGCUCCAUCUCCCUCCCUCCAGAACCGGCAGACUCAGGCCCAUUACACCCCUAUACACUCACUCCCGGGGAACUGCAAGCGCUGCUCCCGAUGCAAGAGCCCGCAAGAGCAGAGGAAUGGAUGCGCAAGACAUUCUUACCAGACGCAUCUUCCUCUCUUACCCAAGUCCAUUUCUGGAAUUUGUACAGAGACGUCUUCGCCCCUCCCUCCCUUUCCUCCCCCGCCACCCCGCACCUCACAGCAUCGGAACUCAUCAAAUCCGUCACACUCGCCUUCCCAGGCGCGUCAGCAAUGGUACUCCCCUCACGCCAACCGCCUGUAUACAUCAUCCGCGGGAUCAGGCAGCGAGAAGAGGGGGAGCUGACGAGGUUCGCUUGUCGCUGGCGGGGGUGUGGGGUGCUUGAAGGAGGGGAGGGAGGGGGGGAAGUGAAGGGGAGGGAAGAGCUGGGGAGGCAUUUGUGGGUGAAACAUUUGGGUGGGAGGGUAGAGGAGGGGGGUGGGAAACCUGUGCGGGAUGAGCAGGGGGGUGCGCAAGAGGAGGAGAUGGACGCUGAGGGAGAGGAGGACGCGGACGCGGAGGGAGAACCGGACGUGGACGUGGAUGUUGACGCGGAUGCGGAAGGGGAAGAUGACGCCGACGCCGACGCAGAAGGAGAACCAGACAGCGAACAGCCUAUGGACGUCGACCUCCCCCCUCCCGCUUCCCACCCCCACCCGGCAGAUAACACCCACCCCGCCCCCUCCAGCACCCAAGCUCACCCCACCACCCUUCCCGACCCUACCACUCCCCAGGAGUGCCAAUGGGCUUCCUGCAAGUACACCGCCCCCCUCCCCCUCCUGCGGCGGCACGUGCUCACCCACCUCCCCCCCUCACUCCCAGAGCCUACCCGGCUCCCCCCGCGUGCCCCUGCCCCUGCCCCCAGCCCUGCCGGCCCAGCAGCCCCGUCGUCGGGGAUGGGGAUGGGAAUCGCGACAGGGGCACUGCUUUUGCUGCAUGUGAUGUUUAGGGAAGCGUAUGCUGCGAGAGUUGUGGAUGGGGGGGAGAGGGGGUUCCCCUUUGGGGUUGGAGUGGGUGGGCAGGGGCCGGUUGUGCAGGUUGUGCAGAUGCAGGCUGGUGGGGGUGGUCAGGGGAUGGAUGACCAGGAACGGGAACGGGAACGGGAGAGAGAGAGGGAGAGGGAGAAGGAAAAGGAGAAGGAGAGAGAAAAGCAAAAAGCCGCAGACUACGAAAUAGAAGGCGAACGCAAAGCCCGAGCAGUCUUCCGCGGGCUAGUGGAGGAGAUCAGCCGGCUACGGAUCAGCACCCAAGCUCAGGCAGGGCAGGGCGAGGGCGAGGGCGGCCAGAGCGCAGAGGGAGGACAGGGAGCGCAGGCUGGGCAGGGCAGGGAGGGAGAGGAAGGAGAGGAAGGGAUUUUGAGCAGAUGGGUGGAGGAGAUGUGUUGGCGUGUUGGGGCUGAUGCGUUUUUGUGGGCUGGGAAGUAG